CUUUCUUGUUAGGAGAGACCUAUAUUACCAGUAAUAUGUUUAUCUUUAUAGUUGAUUUUUUAUUGUAAAAUAAUGAGAAGAUAUUUAGAUGCUUUCAUCACAAAAUUAUAUCAACCAUGUGAUCCAUCUCUUCUUGCUUGCUUCAGAAUAUGUUUCGGAUUUUUGAUGAUGAUCGAUAUUCCGCAAGAAAGGGGGAUGUCUCGUGCUGAUGCCACUUAUGAUGAAAUUCCUGAUAAAUAUUGUACUUUUCCUUUAAUUCAUGGGAUGAAACCUUUUAGUCAAGAUGUUAUGAUCAUUUUAUACGCCAUUUUAUUUUUAAAUGCUUUCUUCAUCAUGAUCGGAUUUCUAUAUCGAAUCAACAUCAUAUCGUUCACAGUCAUAUAUUGGUAUUUUUUUAUUCUUGAUAAAAGUACGUGGAACAAUCAUUCUUAUUUGUACGGUCUCAUUGCACUUCUUCUCUCUGUUUCCAAUGCUGAAAACUUCAUGUCUGUUGAUGGAUUUCUAGACAGGACCAAAUUGAACACAGAUGUCCCUCAGUGGAAUUAUGCACUUCUUCGAUUUCAAGUAUUUAUUGUUUAUUUUUAUGCUGGAUUGAAGAAGACAGAAAAAGAUUGGUUGACUGGAUAUUCAAUGAACAGAUUAUCAAGAGAAUGGGUUUUUGAUCCUUUCAGAUUUUUCAUGACAAAUGAUCAAAUAGAUUUCUGGAUUGUUCAUAUUGGUGGAUUUCUGUUUGAUAUCAGUGUUGGAUUUCUUUUAUAUUUCAACAAAACUCGAGUUAUAGGUUUGUUUUUAUGUGGAUCCUUUCAUGGAAUGAACUCAAGGAUGUUCAGCAUUGGAAUGUUUCCAUAUGUUAUGUUUGUGUCUUCCUUUAUCUUUUGUGAUGAAAAAUUAUUCAAAAAUAUCAUUGCCAAGACUGUAGUUUUAAGCCACUGUGUGUCAACAAAAGCCUCUGAGAAAAAUUCUUCCUGUAUAUAUGAUGAAUCCAUAAGUAGCAAAAGGUGGAAACCAAAUCAAAUUGCUGCUGCACUUUUCACUGUAUUUUAUAUUUCAUCUCAAUCAUUUCUUCCUUAUUCACAUUUUAUAACAAAGGGUUACAAUGGAUGGACACAAGGUCUGUAUGGGUACAGUUGGGAUAUGAUGAUUCACUCCUUCAAAAAUCAACAUGCAAAAAUCAUGUAUAAAAAUCUUCAAUCAGGAGAGAUCGGCUAUUUGAAAGAAGGGGUUUUUCUAUCUGGCAAACGGUCAAGAUGGAAAACGCAGCCUGAGAUGGCAUUUCAGUAUGCUGUUUGUAUCAGAGAACAACUGAAAAAGUUUGAACUGAAUGAUACUGCAGUCUAUUUUGAUGUUUGGAAAUCAAUGAAUGGCAGAUUCCAACAAAGGAUAUUUGAUCAUAAUGUUGAUCUUGCUAGUUAUGACUGGUCGCCAUUUAAACAACCAACUUUUGUGAUGCCACUAUUGUCAGAGUUGUCGAAUAGAAGAGAAAAAUUAAGAGAAAUAAAAAGAAGUUUACGCAAUGUAACCAGUGAUUAUGAUGUCGUUUUCGUUGCAGAUUUUUCAGGAAUGUAUCUUGAGAAUUUUGUUCAUCAAGACCUUGGAAACACAACCAUUUAUAUAAUGAGUGGAGAAGUUAUAGUUGAAUCAAAAGAUAUUAACGUGACUCUUAAGUCAGGAGGUAAUCUCAAAAUUACACAAAAUGAAUUUCAUCGAGUCCACACUGUAUCAGAGAAUAUUGCAUCUUAUUAUUAUAUUUACGUCAACACAACUGCACAAUUUAUGAAAAAACGACUCAAUGAAUAUGAAAAAUAUAUCAAGGAUUGUGACAUGCUAGAAGGACAAGGGACGUGUUCUUCUUUUGACCAGAGCAAUGAAGCAAACAAGGAGGACAUACAGCAUUUUAAUCCUGAGAUUACAGAAUUAUACGCGAGAGAGCAGAGAUAUAAACAAUCCUUGCAAAACCUAUCGUCAUGGAAAUAUUUCAAAUGGUUCGUGUUUAAGAAAGCUGCUCUUUUUCGCAGAAGUUUGCUUCUGGCCAUCUAUGCCACGAGAAAUGUAAUGAUAGGAAAACCCAUAUCAGUCGAUGAGCUGCAGAUAGAAUUGGAAUACUUAAAUGAUUGGAUGACUCCAAGGAAAUUUCAGGAUUCUAUUGUCAAUGCGAAGGAAGAUUCAGUAUCCAGUAAUAUGGGCGUUAAAUCAGAGCUUUGAGGAUGAUCCAUUAUUGAAGACGAAUAUAUCUAAAUUCUAAACCAUCCACCAAUUGCGAAGGCUAGAGAAAUUUACAAGUACCAGAUGAAACGGCCACAAACGAUUUAUUCAUUCAAUAAUUUUUAUAAGCUACGCUCACCUACGCUCAUACUUGUUUGAUAGUCUGUUUGUUAUUCGCCGAUAUUUAAUUUUUUGGAUGGCCUCGAAGAUCUAUUUCUGAUCGAAAAUGCCGACGCUGGCAAUUCCCAUUGAAAUAUAUAUUUGGGAUUGCAGGCUGGCGCAUUUUAUCAUUCAUCAUGUUUUGCUAUCUUUUGAUUUGACCCAUAGUGUUAUUCUUCAAAAGAACAUAAAUCUAAAUCCUGUCCAAAUUUCGGGGAAACACGGAAAGAGGUGCUGUAGAGUGUACAAAACUGCUAUGCGUAAAACAGCCACAUGAUCAUUCUUUGUGUAGCAAAUUUUUGUUUCUUAAAGAAGAUCGUAAAGAGGAAACUUUCACAGUUUAGAAUUUAAAUUCAAUUUGAUUUUUUUUUUAGGAUUUACGUAUUCGAGUCGCCACCCAUCCUAAUCACCAGUAUAAUUAAUCAAAGCUUCCUACAUCUUUUCACGAUCCACUAAGAUUCCUUUUGCGACCCAUAGUUUGGGAACCGCUGGUCUGGACUAAAGUGUUUAAAAUGUCUUUAUGCAUUUUCCGUGCAAAGUAUACUCUGCUCAUAAGCGUCGCAGUUUUAAAGAAUAAACUUUGAUUCCAAGGGCCUGA